AUGGCUAAAAAACUUCUAGGGAUUGGCCGGAGAAAGGCUGAAACCAAAGACACUCAGACUGCGGGCGACUCGAGCGCGCAAUCUUCGUCCUCCUCAUCCUCAUGCGUCGACGAAAGUGAUGCAGAUACUACAGGUACAACUAAGAACGAUGAUUCAUCGAGCAGGAUGUCGUUUUCUAUACAAUCAUCAUCCAUCUUCUCCAAAAGUCGCCGAACGCAUCGUACUGGAGCCUCUUCUACACAUACAGGAGACUCUCAGGGCAAACUGACCAGAAGUAAGGACCCUGAGAAUGUGGGGAAACCCCUGCGAGUCUUAGAAUUUGGUAGAUUAAGCUCUUUAAAUCCUGUAUUGGAAGAAGAUGACUCCUCUUUGCCAACUAGCACGUUUCUGGACGACUAUUCAACUCGUGUCACCAGAAGCUUGGCCAAGAGCGCGUCAGCCCCGCAUAAAGACAAUCCCGCGUUGACGAUAGAACAGUUUGAUCGUGCAUUGGACAUGUUGGACGAGAACCUUUUUGGACUGAUGGAUGACAUCCAUCAAAACGUCACCAAUAUCUCCAAAGCGGUGAUACAAGCCGUCGAAUUCUUCAAAGAUUUCUUGCCGGACGUUUCUGCUACAAAGUUGCCUUGUCGUAUCUCGUGGAGCAAGAGUAGCUCUCUGAGGCGCAUUACGAAAGUGGUUCUGCAUUUUGUUGACAAUUUACUCAUCUCAGAUGUUUUCAACAACUCUCGCGCUAUUAUAACAAAGCGUUUUGUGAGCUUUCUCAAGAAGCUUAACAUUCCAUUAACCGAAGAAGUAUCAGAUUUGCAUACUUUGCCACAUCCGCGUAACUUCUGCAUAGACGCUGAAUGCGAGCUCCCCAGAAAAGCCAAACUUUCGACGAUCAUAGACAAGAUUGCGGCAACCGACUCUUGCUAUAUAUCUGAUCAAGACGGAGCAUUUAUCGCUCCUGUCUUACGAGGCAUAAACCGAGCAUCUGCGGUUUUGACCGUAAUGUUUGGUCUGCCGGAUCCUCAACAAGAGCAUUUUGACAUGAUAAAAGCAUUGUACUACUUAUUCCCCGAUGUUCAUUUCUAUUGCGUGAAAGACUACAUAAAGCCCUGUGCAGAUUUGGCCUUGCAGUCGACUCCGAAGUCGCAACCCAUGGAAAGCAAAACUGCCUCUCAAUUUCACCCACCUUACCGUCUCUUGUCAGACGUCACUUCACCUCCUAUAUCAAUGUCCAUUUCAUCGCAUGAUAGUGAAAAUAUAACAGGUACGCUCGGAGGAUACAUAUAUCCUCAAAUCGACGAAAAUGAUCCAUCUCUGUCGCAAUAUGCAGGGUGUACUUUUGCCAUGGCAUGCGCUCAUGUGGCACUUGCAGAAUCUCAUGACUAUCCUUAUGUUUCUGUACCGUCUACAGUACUACAAAAGCAGUACAAGAAUGCAAUUUUGGAAGAGUCUCAGCGGUAUGCCGCAAAAUCGGUAGAGCGAACUGCUUUCGAACAAGAGUUGAUUCGAAUCGAUCAGAAUAUGCAAUGGCAAAAAGAAAAUAAGUUUGGACAGGUUGUUUGGGGGGAAAGGUCUGUGGUAGAUGAAAAGCUAUCAGAUUUUGCCAUCAUAAAGGUUAGUCCAGAGGUUCGCUGUUCAAAUUUUCUUGGAGACGACGUCAGCACAAUGGCCAAUCCUUUUUUGCGGUUUCAGAAUUUGUACGUAAAAGACAAAGUCUUGAAGCUCGUGGCAGGUUCUGAGGUGUUCAAAAUUGGCGCCACGACUAAGUUCACAACAGGACAGGUGAACGGCUCAAAACUGGUUUUUUGGGCAGACGGCAAACUCAAAAGUAGUGAGUUUGUCGUAGCGUCACCCACGCCGAUGUUCGCGGCUGGUGGUGACUCGGGUGCAUGGAUUCUUACCAAGCUAACAGGCAAGCUGGGUCUUGGUCUAGUGGGCAUGCUUCAUUCAUAUGAUGGGGAAUUGCGCCAAUUUGGGCUUUUCUCACCCAUUACUGACAUCUUACAAAGAUUACACAAAGUUACAGGAGUUGUAUGGGACAUCAACAAGCCCAGCUGA